UGGCAAAUUAUUACCAGCAAAACUACGUACAGAGAUCCAACUACAUAUAGUUGUGAAUGGUUCAACCAAUUUUUCUUUGCCAUGGAUUUAAUACUGUGGUUUUCCAUGGUUUUUGGACCAUUUCUGAUUCAUCAGAGCUUAGCAUUUGGGUUUGGAUCGAGUGUCAAUGGCCACGUUAUGUUCUGUCCUAAACAAAUUGAACGCUUUGAUGGUUUAAUGCAACACUACACGGCAAUCAAACCAGAGGAUAAUAUGAAAGAUCGUUUGAUGCAGGACACAAUAUCAUUCGGAGACAAAAAUUUGGUUGUUAAAUGCAUACAAGAUAACGACGAAGCUACGGUGUAUAUAUACGCCCCAGAAGGAUACUUGGUAGAUAGAGUGAAGAUGAGAUUCAGUAAAAAUGUAUGCAAUAAUGUGAAGGAUCGUAUAAGUCUUCGUCAGAAUCCGCUUGAGUUUAAGGAUAAAGAAGAGUUAUUAUUCACUUUGGUGUACACGUUUGGUGAGGGGUGGGAUGCCGUGUGCAUCUCUAGGUUUUACAUGCUCACCACUUUUGAAAAUUACUAUGCCAAAUUGGAGAGACACCGCCCAGAACGGCAGGAUUGCGGAGAUAAAAUUGUGACUGGGGAUGCAAAUAUUAAUUGUGCGAAAGAAGAAAUGCUACCAACGGGAGAGUACGAAAUCAUGGAUUUGGUCACAGAUGCUGACCCUGUUGGCGAACCUUCCUUAAAGACUUUAAAAGCUAACUCAAACCUCAAGCUCAAGUGCCAAAAAUACUUCAAGAAAGAAAAAACAACAGAUGGAUCCAUCCAAUCAACCCCCAUUGCAAUUGGAUAUAUAACUUAUGAGGGCUUAAUCUUAGAAAAGUUAUUUCUAGACUCUUGUCCAGAUGAAGUUGAAGGGAUGUACAUCAACCGCCUUCCGGAGCCAAUACCAAAUAAACAUUUAUUAGAUACCUUCCUUAUAAGAGAUAACGAAUUUAUACUUGUCUUCAAAACCAAAAAAGGAUCAUGUUUUAAAAUAUUCAUUGGUUAUCGGUUGAGUCCUUGUAAAGACACAGCUUCGAUUCUCCGAUUCGAUCAUCACAAAGUCAGUUGUCCACAGGAUUGGACCAGUGACGCAGCUUUGGACGUGAAUCGAUCAUGGUUCUAAAACUAUGAUGACUGAUUUGUACAUCUGAAAUACACGACUCAUUGACAU